ACCUGAGUUUCCUUCAUGAAGUGACAAACCUAUUCUCACAUGAAACAAAAUUAGGGACAGAGCGGAGCUCCAACAUGGUGUUCGAUUUAAGUAUUGUUUCUUUUUCGACUCUGUUUACUGAGCGACAAAACACCCGAAAUCACUUGCUUCUCUUUGUAUAUUGGAGGAAACUGCGAACCUUUCUACAUUGUGGUAUUGCCAUUUACAUUGUAAUUUCUACAAAAAAAAAAAAAGAAAAAGGAACGGGCAGACUUCCAGUGGUGCUAUAUAUCUGCAUUGUGUGCGUCUUCCGUCGCAUCUGGUCGUUGUACAAAGCGCCUUUGUCUCGGAGAUGCCGCUCAUGAUCCGGUGUCUCCGCUAUGCGAACGCCCCUUUUGACAGUCCGAACACCUGCUAUUCACGACAAACCCAGAGCGACGGGGAUCCGCGAGAGAAAGCUGCGCCGGAACAGUGUUACGCAACUCUGCAGCUCCUCUGCAGUCGCGAGUGGCUGAGAAACUUGCUCUCAAGCGGCUUGCCAUGACGACCCCGCUCGGCUGAGCGACGAUCAACGCUCAGGACGCCACAAUGCGGGAGCACAAACACGUCCCGGUGCUGCUGCUGCUGCUGCUGCCGCUGCUCAGCAGCCGGUCAGCCAUGGCUGACAUCAAGAUCGGCGGCAUCUUUGAGACAGGCGAAGACGUGCUUGAAAUGGCCUUCAGCUCAGCCGUUGACCGGAUCAACACCAUGGGCUUGGGCGAGCCCGGCGCCCAGUUCGUCACCCCUGGUUCGCGCCUGCUAGCCCGGGUCGAGCACACCGAGCGCCUCGACUCCUUCCAAGCAUCGCGCAAGGUGUGUGCCUUGCUCGAGGAAGGCGUGGCCGCCGUGUUCGGUCCUCAGUCGGGCGAGGCGAGUGCCGCGGUUCGGUCGGCAUGCGCCGUGCUGGACGUGCCGCACAUGGAGACUCGCUGGGACUACCGCGUGAGGCCCGACAACCAUUCGGUCAACCUGUUCCCGCACCCGGUCGCCCUGGGAAAGGCGUACCUGGACUUCAUCAAGCACAAGGACUGGCGCAACUUCGCCGUCCUUUACGAGGAGAACGACGCGCUGAUCCGGCUGCAAGAGAUCCUGAAGGACCCGCUGAUGCGUGAGCGCAAGGUCGUCGUCCGGCAGUUCGAGCCCGGCGCCGAGUACCGCAAGGUACUCAAGGACGUCGGCAAGAGCGGCAUCAAGAACAUCGUGCUGGACGUACCCAUCGAGCACGUGCACACGGCGCUCAAACACGCCCAGCAGGUUGACAUGAUGUCCGAGUACCACAACUACUUCAUCACAUCAUUGGAUGCCCACACGGUGGAUAUGGAAGACUUCCAGUAUGGCGGCACCAACAUCUCGGCCUUCCGCCUGGUCGACACCAACGCCAAGGAGUUCGAUGAAGUGGCGCGGGACUGGAUGACGCGGCGGCUCCGCCAUGGACAGAAGGGCGAAGGCAACUUGUACCGGACGAAAGUUGCUCUGAUGUACGACGCCGUGAGGCUGUUUGCCACGGCCCUUCGAGACCUGCAACCGAACAACGGACCCAAGAUUCAAGUGCGGCCACUUUCGUGCGAAACCGAGGAACCGUGGUCGCAGGGAAACUCGUUCGUGAAGUACAUGCGAAUGAUUAACAUUCAAGGUCUAACUGGCAACAUCAGAUUUAAUCCCAAUGGCCACCGGACGGAUAUGAGGCUCACCGUCAUGGAAAUCACUCACAAUGGGCUCCGCGAGGCCGGCGAAUGGACAAUGCACGGCGGCAUCAACAUCACCACGAACUACUCACGGCACCUCGAAGAGGCCCGCCUGCACCUUAUGAACAAGACACUUAUAGUCACCACGCUCGUGCAACCCCCGUACACAAUGCUGAAAGAGAACCACCAGGAGCUGGAGGGCAACGCUAAGUACGAGGGCUACUGUAUCGAUUUGCUCGACGAGAUCGCCAAGCUGCCGGACAUCAACAUCAAGUACAAGAUUCGUGAGGUGGCUGACAAGGCGCACGGCAGGCGAGACGACAAGAACGAGUGGAACGGCAUGAUCGGGGAGCUGCUGCAAGGGAAGGCAGACUUGGCCAUCGCCGACCUGACCAUCACGUACGUACGGGAGGAGGUGGUGGACUUCACAAUGCCGUUCAUGAACCUGGGCAUCAGCAUUCUCUACAAGAAAGCGGACAAGAAGCCUCCGUGGCUGUUCUCUUUCUUGGCGCCGCUCUCCCUGGAGGUGUGGAUAUACAUGUCCACCGCAUUCCUGGGCGUCUCCCUCUUUCUCUUUGUGGUGGCGCGGUUCAGCCCGUACGAGUGGGUGAACCCACACCCGUGCGACCCUAGGCCCGCCGAGCUAGAGAACCGUUUCACCAUAUGGAACACCCUGUGGUUCACCAUUGGCUGUCUGAUGCAGCAGGGAUGCGACGUGACCCCGCGUGCGCUGUCGACGCGAGUAGCGGCCGGCAUGUGGUGGUUCUUCACGCUCAUCAUGGUCUCCUCGUACACGGCCAAUUUGGCCGCCUUCCUGACCGUCGAACGACUCGUAUCUCCGAUCGAAAGCGUCGCGGACCUGGCCAAGCAGACGAGCAUCCAGUACGGGUGCCUGCAGUCGGGAUCCACCCAGGCCUUCUUUAAGGAAUCCGAGUUCCCCACCUACAAGAAAAUGUGGCACGUGAUGCAGGCCGCACGGCCCAGCGUGUUUACCGAAUCCAACUACAAGGGCAUAGAACGAGUGCGUCGCGGAAAAUACGCCUACCUGAUGGAGUCCACAUCCAUCGAGUACGCCAUCGAGAGGAACUGCGAUCUCACCCAAAUCGGCUCGCUCCUCGACAACAAGGGCUACGGCAUUGCCACGCCGCCUGGGUCCCCGUACCGCACGAUGCUGUCCCAGGCGAUCCUGCAGCUUCAGGAGAGUGGCACCCUGCACGUGCUCAAGGAGCGUUGGUGGAAGAAGCGGCACAUCGUCAAAAAGUGCCCCAAGGAGGAGGCAAGCGCGUCCAAGGGCACCUCGGCCCUGGGCCUGGCGAACGUGGGUGGCGUCUUCGUCGUCCUGUUGACCGGUUCCUGCAUCGCCUGCAUCACGGCAAUCGUCGAGUUCGUUUGGCGCUCUAGCAAGGCGCUGCCCGAAGAGAGGGAGCCCCUGUGCUCGGAACUGUGCCGCGAGCUGCGCUUCACGCUGACCUGCGGCGGGAAGAAGCCCGUGCGCACCAAGGGCGACGACCGGGGCGUGCCGCCGGGCUCCGGCAGCGGCGAGAACGGGCUGCCGUUCAUGCCCUUGACGGGAUACGGCGCUGUCGUCUCCAAGGACAGCUUCUCCUGACAGGACGAGCCACGGGGCGCGCCCGAAGACAAGUUCAGCACCUGCUACCGCCCUGUCCGGGAUUCCCCUAGAAGUUACCGACCCGAAGACACCGUCGGUACUGAAGUCUAGACUUCAAGCCGUAGCGGUCAUCGUUAGCACUUCGGCGUACUCUCACUUCUAUCUCUCUCUCUCCUAGGGCCUGUCGCGCGCCUCGCACUUUAUCUCUUCCUUUAUCCAACACUUCGACGUUGAACUGACGCACUGUUACGUAUUGCCGCAGUAGUGUAAAGUCCUUUCGAGUUACUACGUCUGCAUCUUCAGCUGUCACUGGGAGCCGAAAAGCGUAGUUUUCUUUUUUGUUGACUUUGGCGUUUUGAGUCCGGAGUCUAUUUAAGCAUACUUUAUUUUCGGAGUAAGAGAAAUAAUCUUUAUACGCCAGCUCUUACGCGAAAUUCUGCAAGAACUUUUUCGCACAUGUUUAUAGCGCCUUACUCGAUGUGGUAGACGCCGCGCUGGCCAGACUAUUGAUGCUGAGAGUUGCAAGCCAGGCGAUAAAGAGAAAGAGGCGUGCCUGGAAUGGGGCCAUCAAUUGCACGGUCUAGCUUUGUUCUUGCGUGUCGCGCGACGUUCUCUCCCCUUUGUUGGGUCAGACUCACUGCAUGGAGAAGCGAACUUGCGAAGUACUGCCUAAGGCCUAUAGGUGCUGAAUGUUGAGGAUACCAUCUGCGCUGUAGCAAUCGAUCAAAGACAUACGGCUUGGCUAGGGCAGAUAUACGACAAUUGACAAAGACAUUUGUUGUGACUUGUUGAGUGCUUGUUACUUCAUUUUAUGCGAAUCGCAAACGUUCGUAAAAAAGUGACCUACAGGAAAGAAACAGACGAUCCUCGUGGUUCCAACGAAAUAUUUCCGCAGCUGUUUUGGGGUUAUACCUUGUUGACGAGGAAGAAGGCAUGUUUGCGAUGGAACGCCUCGUCGGACUGGUAAGCUAACUGUUCUUUUUCUUUGUUUUAAUUUAUUUCUGAAAAUGCUUACCCUAGCGGCAAUAGUUGUUGCCGUCAUCGCGCGUAUGCCGUCACCGUAUCACAGGACGCUCAAAAUGUGACGACAGAAUUAGCGCCACUUUCGCACGUUAAAAGAGUAAUCUUUGCCUGUCCUUAUAAACAUAAGGGCAACAAUAGAAGAAGCUGUGGUAUUGUCUGAUCGUAGUAAAGGAAGAGUUGAUUGGUAAGAUCAGCCGUUGUUGCAUGCACCAAUGAAUGUUGCACACAAAGCCGCAGGGCAAUGCGAAUGAGUCAAUUUCAACGCGAUUGGGCUCAAUGCGCUGGCGGUGUUAAGGCAGCAAAUUUGAAGCUGUUCAAGAGCCCGUGAUAAGAGAUUGCCCCUUCUAUGUAUUCUUCUUCUGCAACAAAUGUACUCUGGAAGAAUUUUUAGGAGUGACACGGCCGUCACCUUUAGGCUUUCCAGCCCUUUCCCUUAAGAUUGUGUUCGACGAGCUGUUUUUCAGUCACUCGGUAAUGACAAAAUCCGUUUUUUUCUCAUGCAUAUGAAAGUUAACCAUUCAACACUUAACUGCCAAAUUCCGAAUAUGAACACUUAAAUAAAGAUAUUGCUCAGUCAUUCACUUCAUUUAUUGCGAAUGGGUUUGUGAAAUGUCAGGCACUGAUACAAGUGCUAUUGACUGACACUUUACCAGCUGAAGGUAGUUAUAUCUAGUUUUAACAGCAAAAGGUUAAAUUUGUGUAUGGUGCGUGGGGAACAUUUAUUCUUAUUUGAACUUAAUUUACUUUCCUGCCAUAGUGUUGGGGGGCGGCACGCUAGAAGACCACAGUUUAAGGCAGGAAAAAAGGCGAUAUUUCUGAAGGCUGUGUGGGCGUAACCGAAGUCUACGUGAUAUUCAAUCGCGGAAUCAUGGUGGCGGUGUAUUUAGCAUCACUGUCCCUGUGGGCUUCUCUGUCAUCCAUGUUGUUUCUUGCGCUGUACAAGGGAACUGUAAGAUGAAUUUAGUGUCAGUCGGUCGUUGUCUUUCUUUGAGCGCAGUUCUACAAAAAGAAAGCCAUUUGACAAUGGGUCUCUGAAUGUCACAAUGGUCUCACGAAGAACUCGAGAUACAACAUUCCUCAUCCUAUACCGCUUAGUUCUGGCUUUAAUUUAAUCAUGAAAUACAAAUAUUGGUCUUGGUUUUGCAAAUGAAAGCACUCUGACCAAAGCUUGAUACUGAACUAAACAGCACAGAAAUUUUAAGUUAGACACUAAUAGGCCUGAAAAAGCAUUGAGUUCGAAAUUAUCAGAUUUAUGAUCACAAUUGUUGUUUGCAUAUCGUUCCUUCGUAAUCUUUUCCACGACUUGUGAAAGAAAAAAAUCGGAGGGCAGCUCAACUGGGGCCGUCUAUUAUACACCGUACUAAAGUUGUUCGAAGGUUGUAGUUGUAGUGCGGAGCUUCACACAAAGGUAUUCGCCGUCACUCACGAAAAUACAGAAGAUAUUGCUUAUGUUUGUACUAGGGACUGCAUAUAACGAGUAUUUUGUUAAAAUGGUGGAAUAUUGCUUUCCGUUACUAAUUAAAAAUUAUUUGCUUAAAAUUUGGCAUUAGGUUUGCUUGCAUUUGUUGGCAGAGGUUUAAGGCUGCUAGAUAUGUCUUUGUACCAUCAUCGAGCUUUUUAUUGACAGCGGAAAUAUAGCUCGUCGGGACUUUUUACGGAGGUAUAAUAUAUGUUUGACAAGAAGGAAGUAAUUCAGUGGUUUUCAGAUGUACGUAGUGCUGUUUAUCUACGAUUUCUUUCCUAUGAUGUCAUACAAUUCCUGUAUUCUUUCUGUUGCCAGUAUAUGUUUAAUGAAUGCUAAUGUGCACUUUAUUGCCACCUUUUUCGUUUUCAUGCAUUUGUAUACAUGUCUAUGUAGACCUGUAGGUUUAUGUAGGUCCAUGGUAUUUAUGUAGCUUCACGGUCGAGCGUAAAAUGUUGUACCAUUAUGUGGAGCAGUAACAAAACUGCUGCGUUGAAGCUUUAUGUUGGGAUUGCUGCUUGGAUGAACAAGCAUCUACUUUUUAACAGUUUCAACCACUGCUUAGAAGAAUGCGAAAAUGCCCAUAUGCCCCUACCAGAUAAUCCAGGGAGUUGUCGUUGGAAUGAGCAAUUCUUGAAAUAUUUGGUGAGACAUCCAAAAGUAUGGCUGACUUAAAGAACUACGUUUCUCUUCAAACAUUUCGUAUUUAUAAAUAUGAUUCGUGUAAAGUUGAAUUUCUUAUGUGACUGACUCAUCGCUCCUUAAAAACUCUGAGACGAAAAAAAGCAAUAGAAACAGAUAUUAAUUGGUUGUUGUGGACGUCUUGUUCUUUAUUCGCCGAUAGUUUCAUGAUGACAGACAUGCGUGACAAAUAGUGAGAACAGUUAUGUUGAGUGCACAUCGUUUACCAUAGGUGCAAGAUCUCAGGUACGAGUGAUUGUAAUGAAAAAAAAAAUAUGUGCGCGCUGUUGCAGUGCUUUUGCUCGUAAACUUUGCACGUUGGGAAACCAACGUUGAAGGAGCAGCUCUGUUAUUUCUGAAAAUCUAGCGUCUCCUUAUUUUGGACAUCUGUGUAAACGUGUGUUUCCCUUUCUCGCAUGAAGCUACACGUGCGUUUCCCGAAGGGAAACCGCAGUCGAGUAGAUGUCUUCAGCUGGUGCUGUGUCCGCCAUAUGAAAGGACCACAGUACGGUGCUAAGCUGUGUCUAUUUUCAAUCCACUCCAUCAGCUUAGUGCUACCUGCGAACAGCGGCCGAAUAUGGUGCCAGCACAGCACCGCUGUACAUAAUUUGAAGUGUUGUGGAAAACGGGGUUACACUCACAUCUCGGCAGUUGCUUGCGGAUGUGAAUUACGGUGGUUAUUUGUGCUUGUGGAGCCAACAUUGGCUUGUAUGACCAAGUUUUUUUCUAGUUAUGCAUAUUUCGACGGGAAUAGGAACGAAUUUGUUAUGUAAUGCGCCGUGUUUAUUCUUGAGGUUUGGCGCGUGCACCAAAAAGCUGUGCUCAAGAGAUUCAUUGUUCGAAGGCAAUGACAGCUGGGUGUUCACUUUUCUUUGUAUUUGCCUGUAAAUAAAGUUUUCCGUUCACUCCA